UUAAGGAAAGAUGGCCGCUUCUCUACCUCACCCUAAGAUUGUGAAGAAACACACCAAGAAGUUCAAGCGCCACCACUCUGACCGGUACCACAGAGUCGCUGAGAACUGGAGAAAGCAGAAGGGUAUCGACUCUGUUGUCAGAAGAAGAUUCAGAGGCCAAAUCUCCGAGCCAACCAUCGGCUAUGGUUCCAACAAGAAGACCCGUUUCAUGACGCCAUCCGGCCACAAGACUUACUUGGUCUCUAACAUCAAGGACCUAGAGGUCUUGAUGAUGCACACCAAGACCUACGCUGCUGAGAUUGCCAGCAACGUUUCUUCCAAGAACAGAGUCAGCAUCUUGGCCAGAGCCAAGGCUUUGGGCAUCAAGGUCACCAACCCUAAGGGCAGACUGGCUUUGGAGGCUUGA